GAAGAAGUUUAACCAUUCGGAGCACCACACAGCUCAAAAGCCUAUACUCAGACUGUUGGUUCCGAAAGAUUUCAUGAAGACGUGGAUAUUAUUCCAAUUAGCAGCCCUGGCUGCUCUUACUGCUGCCCAGCAGGACUGCUCAAAAGGCGCCUGUUACCCCCCCGCGGGAGACCUGCUCCUGGGCCGGGCAAAGCAGCUCCAUGCCUCCUCCACCUGCGGUCUGCUUGGCUCGGAGGUGUUCUGUACACCCUAUGGACUGACGAGAAUGAAGUGCUGUCCCUGUGAUUCGCAAAACCCUGGUGGUCCGAACGCACACACCAUCCAGGAGGUGCUCUCCACCUCAGCACCCCACAGGUGGUGGCAGUCAAGGAAAGGCGUGAGUCCAGUUAGCCUGCAGCUGGACCUGAGUAACCCUUUCCAGCUGGACACCCUGGUUAUGAAGUUCAAGGGACCCCGCCCCGACGCACUAAUCAUUGAGCGAUCGACAGAUUUCGGGCACACCUGGACGCCUGCCCUGUACAUGGCCACAGACUGCCGCUCGACCUUCCCCUCCAUCAGCGUCUCCAUGCCCAAAAACCUGGAGCACACCUACUGCUACCCCCUGCUACCCAUCACCGGCAACCACUACCUGGACCAGACGAUUUACUUCUACCCAUUACGCCAGUUUUCUGACGUCAGUACCCCAAACAGCCAUAAGAUCGAGGAGGUGACUGACUUCACCAACCUGCGAGUGAACCUCACCCAGCUGGGACAGGUACCCCACGUGCCCGGCCGUUCGCCGAGCCGCUUCUACGCCCUGAAGGAGAUGCAGGUGCUGGGCUCCUGCUUCUGCCACGGCCAUGCCAACCGAUGCCUGCCCGACCACACCACCAACCAGCUGCCCUCCACACAGGUGAGUCCAGUGUGUGAGUGCCAGCACAACACCGCCGGGGUGAACUGUGAACGCUGCGCGGAACUCUACAACGACCUGCCCUGGAGACACGCCGAGGAGGGCCGCCCCAACGCCUGCAAACGCUGCGAGUGCAACAACCAUGCCCAGCGCUGCAGAUUUGACCGGAAACGUUACGAGGCCAGUGGACGUGUGAGCGGGGGUGUGUGUGAGGGGUGCAUGCACAACACCGCCGGCCCCAACUGUGAACAGUGCGCCCCUAAUUACUACCGCAACCCCAGGAGUGCCAUCGACCGCACCGACACCUGCUUGCGGUGCCAGUGCAGUGCGGAAGGGGCGGAGCAGGGCAGGCAGUGCGACAGCACGGGGGCGUGCCUAUGCAAGGCCAAUGUGGAGGGCCCGCGCUGUGACCGCUGCAAGAAGGGGUACUACGGCCUGAACGCCGCCAACCCCCUGGGAUGCUCCAGGUGCCAGUGCAGUGCAGAAGGGGCGGAGCAGGGCGGGCAGUGCGACAGCACGGGGGCGUGCCUAUGCAAGGCCAACGUGGAGGGCCCGCGCUGUGACCGCUGCAGGAAGGGGUACUACGGCCUGAACGCCGCCAACCCCCUGGGAUGCUCCAGGUGCCAGUGCAGUGCGGAAGGGGCGGAGCAGGGCAGGCAGUGCGACAGCACGGGGGCGUGCCUAUGCAAGGCCAACGUGGAGGGCCCACGCUGUGACCGCUGCAGGAAGGGGUACUACGGCCUGAAUGCCGCCAACCCCCUGGGAUGCUCCAGGUGCCAGUGCAGUGCGGAAGGGGCGGAGCAGGGCAGUCAGUGCGACAGCACGGGGGCGUGCCGAUGCAAGGCCAAUGUGGAGGGCCCGCGUUGCGAGCGCUGCAGGAAGGGGUACUACGGCCUGAACGCCGCCAACCCCCUGGGAUGCUCCAGGUGCCAGUGCAGUGCGGAAGGGGCGGAGCAGGACGGGCAGUGCGACAGCACGGGGGCGUGCCUAUGCAAGGCCAACGUGGAGGGCCCGCGCUGUGACCGCUGCAGGAAGGGGUACUACGGCCUGAACGCCGCCAACCCCCUGGGGUGCUCCAGGUGCCAGUGCAGUGCGGAAGGGGCGGAGCAGGGCGGGCAGUGCGACAGCACGGGGGCGUGCCGAUGCAAGGCCAAUGUGGAGGGCCCGCGCUGUGAGCGCUGCAGGAAGGGGUACUACGGCCUGAACGCCGCCAACCCCCUGGGGUGCUCCAAAUGCUCCUGCAGUGUGGACGGCUCUUCGUCUGACGACGCCUGUGACCCCGUGACCGGCCAGUGCAGCUGCCCCCCCAAUGUUCAGGGUCCCACCUGUGACCGCUGUGCCCCCGGCUUCUGGAAACUGUCCCCCACCCGUGGCUGUGAGCGCUGCAGCUGUGACCCGACCAACUCCCUCAGCAAAACCUGCGACCAGCUGACAGGCCAGUGUCAGUGUCGGUUUGGGUUUGGGGGCCGGACCUGCGAAGAAUGCCCAGACAACACCUACGGUGACCCAGACACAACCUGCCGGCGGUGUAAAUGCGACCUCACCGGCACUGAGCCAGGAGGCUGCGACAAGAAGACGGGGCAAUGCAAGUGCCUGCCCGGCGUGACGGGCGAACGCUGCGACGCCUGCGCCCGCGGGCGCUGCGACCGCUACCCCAACUGCCCCGCCUGCCCCUCGUGCUUCUUCACCCUGGACCGCCAGCUCAAGGACUUCACCCUCAGCCUGCGUCGCCUCAUCUCCCAGGCACCCACCCUACCCGAGACCACCCCGACAGACCUGACCCCCCGCAUCCGGGCCCUGGAGGAGACCCUCUCCAAAAUCCGGGACACCCUGCCGCUCCCGGCCCCCUCCGACAGCCGGGUGGACAAGCUCCUCGCAGACCUGCGCAGACUCAGGGAGAAAGCAGACCAACUGGACCCAGAACUCUUCCCCACAGACGAAGUCCCAGCUCUGGCCAAACAGCUCGAUGAUCUCAGGGCCGAACUCGCGGGCCUGAACCUGGACUACAACAGCAAGAAAGACGCCCUGAAAAACGUCGUCAAUGCCAGCCUUGGAGAUGCCUUUGGGACCAUAAAGAAGGCAUACGACGAAUCAACAGACGCGUUGAAGAAUGCUGAGGCGACCCAGCCCGUGGUGGAGAAGUCAGAGACGACCCGUAAAGAUGCAACCGAUUUGGAGGGAACAGUCCAGCCCACCAACACAGCGGACCUGAAGAACCUGGACAACCAGCUGGCCUCUCGGCCCAACCUUACUCCGGCGGCAAAGCAGGUCUGCGGCAGCACUCGCUCCACCCCCUGCACGCCCACGCAGUGUGACGGGGAGCUCUGCCCCGAACCCGGCACCGUCUCCUGUGUGGAGGGUGAGAGCUGCGUCGGAGCCCUGCCCCUGGGGGAUAAGGCCCUGAAAGACACAGAGGAGGUCAAAAACAGGCUACAGCAGCUCAACAAGAAGAUCCAGGAGGCAGCAGACAAGAUCCAAGCCGCAGAGGACUCAGCCAAUGACGUGAGGCAAUCCACAGAUGAUCUCACCAAUCAGAUUAAACAGGCCCGGAAUGGUCUGGAGGACGAGUUGGGAGACAUCAAAAAGUUUGUCAAGAAUCUGAAGGACUUCUUGUCAGACCCCUUGUCGGACCCGACCGCCAUUCAGACAGUAAGCGAGGGCAUCCUGGCCACCAAGCUGCCCCUCAGCCUGGCCGCUUUGAAGCGGAAGAUCCAGGAGAUCGAAAAGCUGGCCGCUGGCCUCCCGGACAGCAGCAAGCUCCUGGCCAGCACCACGCCACAGCUGGACCUCGCCCGCAAACUGCUGGGCGAGGCGCAGGACGCCAGGGACACGGCCCUGGGGGUGAAGGGCAAAGUGGACAAGCUGCUGGAAGACCUGGGCAGCGCAGAGGAGUUACUGGAAGACGUGGACGGCAAGAUCCAGGACACUCUGGACGUUUUGGACACUGUCACCGCCAACAUUGCAGAGGCCAAGGAAAAGCUGGACCCCGCCACAACGUUACUGGAUGAAGUGACGGGCCUAACGGGCACUAUGCUGCCCGAGCUGGACAAGCUGAAGGAGCUGGUGCAGAACGAGACUGAGAACGCCGAAAAGGCCCAGGUCGACGCCGAAGCCGCCAAACAGGAAGCUGACGAUGCCACCAAGGAUCUGCAGGCUCUCGAGGACCAGCUGGAGCUCCUGCGACAGAAAGCCAAGGAGGCUGAUGGGAAGGGGGAGGUUGCGAGCGGCGCCGGGGAAAGGCUUAAAAAGCUGCAGGAGGAGUCCGGGACCCUCAUCCAGGACACCAUGGACAUGAUGAGGAACCUCACAGGUGCCGAGGAGUCCCUCGCCGAGGCCACGAACCAGCUGCUGAAGAAGGCUCAGAACCUGACCGGGCUGGACAAGAGGCUGCAGAAACUCCUGGACGAAAUCCGAGCCAAGGCCGACUACAUGAGCUCCUGCCGCGGGUGAGCGGCGGCGUCUGCUGCUGCAACCGCGGCGACCGGCAACCACGGCAACCGCCCGGCCCGCCACACGCCGGUCCACCGGAAGCACGCUUUUCUCUGUGGACUUUUUCACCCCUGUUAACACUCGGGUGUUCCCGUUUGUUGUAGCUUUUUUGUUGUGCUUUAUGGGUAACCCCAAAAAACAGCAUCUGCCGAGUGGCUGUAGUGUGACGCUGGAGCUCUCAUGGCUCCAAGUCAGCGCUGACAUGGGGGCCUGAACACCACUGAGCACUUUGCACAGACGGCUUGGAACCCCGCCGUUCUUCACCCUGUCUUGACCAUGUUUUCUUAAUUUAUUGUUUAUUUAUGAACCGUCGCUAAACCAGGCGUUGGCACGUCUGGUCCUGGAGGGCCAAAACAGACUAAACCGACUGAAAACACACUCGCUUUGGUCAGCGUAUAUCACCAGCUUUUAAAGGGAAAUGCAUCAAUCUGGUCAAUCAAGCCAGCUAGGCAUCAGAUGCCCUCUUGGUCCCCUGUUCUAGAACAGGAGGUGUGAAAUUGUAUUACCAGAUGUUAUACAGUAAUUCAAAGACCUCCAAAGUCAGGAUAACAUCCCUUUGGGGACUUCUCAAAACCUAGCAGAGGAGGACAUCUUGUAUUUUCUCU